CCAUCAGUGGUGGCUCUGGGUGCCAGCAUCAUUUGUAAUAAGAUGCCUGGCCUAGCCCCACGCCAGCGAGCCCUCUGCCAGAGUCGCCCAGAUGCCAUGAUUGUGAUUGGAGAGGGAGCACAGAUGGGGCUCGAUGAGUGUCAGCACCAGUUCAGGCACAACCGCUGGAACUGCACUUCGCUGGGCGAGAAGACAGUCUUCGGACAUGAGAUGAAAAUAGGUAGUAAAGAGACAGCCUUUGCGUACAGCAUCAUGGCUGCGGGAGUGGCCCACGCUGUCACACAGGCCUGUAGCCAGGGCAACCUGUCGGACUGUGGCUGCGACCGGGCCAAGCACGGUUACUACGACCAAGAGAAGGGGUGGAAAUGGGGCGGCUGCUCGGCUGACAUUGAGCAUGGCAUCGCCUUCUCCCGCCGCUUCCUCAAUGCCCGUGAGGUGAAGCGGCACGCCCGAAGGCUCAUGAACCUGCACAACAAUGAGGUGGGAAGGAAGGUUUUGAAGGACCGCAUGCGCAUGGAGUGCAAGUGCCAUGGGGUGUCGGGGUCGUGCACCAUCAAGACAUGCUGGGUGACCCUGCCCGCAUUCCGGGAGGUGGGCUUUGCCCUGAAGGACAAGUACGGGCAGGCAGUGCAAGUGGAGCCCAUGCUGGCAGGCCGGGGACACCAGCCCACCUUCCUGAAGGUACGGAUGACGCCCCACCUCAAGCCACUACCCACCGACCUGGUCUACAUUGAGCGCUCGCCCGAUUACUGUGAGAAGGACCCGGCCACAGGCAGCAUAGGUACACAGGGGCGUCGCUGUGAGCGAGCUGGCACAGAGAAGCCGGGCAGCUGCGAGGUCCUCUGCUGCGGGCGUGGGUACAGCACUUUCCAGUAUACCCGCACCUGGCAGUGUAACUGUAAGUUCCACUGGUGCUGUCAGGUCAUGUGCAGCCAGUGCAGUGAGAGGACUCAUGCCUACACCUGCAACUGAGGGAUGGCCAGGAGCAAUGGGAAUCUCUCUUCUCCCAGGGAACCACAGUCUGGCUUACAAUUGCAGGACCCUUUAUGA